AUGAAGUUAUCAUUCUUCUUUCUUUUCAUUGCAAUAAUUUCCCUCCCUUCAGCGAAAACACAGAACACAACGACUACACCUACUGUUUGCAAUGGAUAUGCUGAUUUAUGUAGCAAACCCUAUUCUCAAGUAGCGUUUGUUGCAACGCAUAAUUCAUAUGCAUAUGGUGGUGUUCCCGCGAUAAAUCAGUUCUUUGACAUUUCAACGCAGUUAAAAGAUGGUGUUAGAGUUUUCCUUCUUGAUGGACACAACUCGACCACAGGAUCUGAUAUUGAACUUUGUCAUACAUCUUGUGUUUUAUUGGAUACAGGAACUGUUGCAAAUACUUUGAAAAACAUUACCAGUUUUUUACAAAAGAAUCCGAAUGAAGUAAUUACAAUCUUUUGGGAAAAUUAUAACAAUAUAGAUCCUCUUAGAUACGAAGCUGAAUAUGAUAAAGCGGGUCUGACUCAAUAUUGCUUCACACAACCUGUUGAUGGUACAUGGCCUACUAUGGCUGCGAUUAUUCAAUCCGGAAAACGGGUUAUUAACUUUAUUGACACUAACGCUAACACUAAUACUGUCCCUUGGUUAAUGUCUGAAUAUUCUUAUGUAUUCGAAACUCCAUUUCAAAACUCUGAUGCUAAUGCUUGGCAAUGUACCGUUGACCGACCAAAAAAUAAACCUCAACAAAUGUAUAUGGUGAAUCAUUUCCUCUACAUUUCAUUACAAGGUGGUUCUAUCGAAAUUCCUCAACCUCAAAGUGCUGCGUCAACUAAUAGUGAUAAUCUUGCCAAGCAUGUUCAAAAUUGUACUAGUAUUUUUGACCAAAUUCCAAAUUUUGUUGCUGUCGAUUUUUAUGAUCAGGGUCAAAAUAAUGUAAAUGCGUUUAGCAUUGUUGCUGGUUUGAAUAAAGUAACCUACACACCACAGUCUUAUGGUAAUGGAACAAAUCCUCUAGCAACUACAGGAAGUAAAAAGAAUAGUGCUAGUGAUCUUAAAGUAAAUGGGUUAUUUAAUGCUGGAAUCGCCUUAGUGGGUGUUGCAACUUUCAUUAUUAUUGGAUUAUAA